UCUUUGAACUCGUGAUCAUUCUGUUACAGUAGUUCGUUAAAGGAGUUUAGUUUUAAACGCUUAAGUAUUAUCUACUUAUUAUUUUAUAUAAAUAAGUUAUUGAGUCUAAAAUUCCAACAAUAUGGCUCUCGAUUUACAUCGUAUGUAUAUCGAGAAAAGACAAGACAGUGCACCGUUAGUGCCUAUUAAAGAUAUAAUAAGUUCCAAAUACUACAUGGAUCCUCUGGAGCUUUUGGGUGAGCGGAGCUUUAACGAACCUCGAGAAGUUGAUGAGUCUGAAAUCGGAAGUCCAAUACAAGAAUUUUUUCGGGAUGCAGUUGUAUUUUUAACCGGUGGUACUGGUUUUAUGGGCAAGGUUCUAAUGGAAAAACUACUUAGAACAUGUCCUCAUAUCAAACAUAUUUAUUUGCUGAUCCGAUCUAAGAAGGGCAAAAACGUCGAUCAACGUUUGGAAGAUAUAUUUGAAGACAGACUGUUCAAAAGAUUAAAACAUGAAGUGCCUAAGUAUUAUCAUAAAGUUUCUGGAGUAGCCGGUGACUGUGCUUUGCCUGGUUUAGGAUUAAGUGUAAGCAGUCGAAAUAAACUGAUUAACGAAGUGAACAUAAUUUUCCAUGGAGCAGCUACUGUACGUUUUGAUGAACAUAUUCGUAUAGCAAUGAACAUUAAUGUUUCUGGAAUAAGAGAAUUAAUAAGCUUGGCCAGGAAUAUAACCAAAUUAAAGGUUUUGGCACAUAUUUCCACUGCAUUUUCAAAUUGCAAUCGAUUGUAUAUCGAUGAAAAGUUUUACGAACCUAAUGUUGAUUACAUUGAUAUAUUGAAAUUAAUUUCUUCUAACGACGAUCAAACGCUUCAAAAUAUGACUAAAGAAAUCAUUGGCGAUUUACCAAAUACUUAUUCUUUUACAAAAUCUUUGGCAGAAGAUGUUGUCCGAAGAGAAGCACAAGAUCUUCCCGUAUUAGUUUUCCGACCCACUGUGGUGUUAGCUACUUAUCGAGAACCAGUUAGAGGUUGGAUAGAUAAUGUAUAUGGUCCAACAGGACUCGUAGUUGGAGCUGGUUCAGGAGUACUUCAUACAUAUUAUCUUAAUUCUAGUAUUGUUACUGAUGUGAUUCCCGUUGACAUUGUUGUAAACGCUCUCAUAAGUGCUACUCAUAAAACAGCAACCAACAAGUAUGAUGAAAUACCAAUAUAUAUAUGUUCAAGUUCAAGGCAAAAACCAAUUACGUGGAAACAAUUUAUAGAUUUAAAUAAACGUCAUGGUAUUCACUGGCCUACGAUUCGAGCGAUUUGGUAUUAUUCGUUAUGGAUUACUAAAUAUCCAUUUAUGUACGCAAUAUUACAUUUUUUUUGUCACAUUGUGCCUGGGUAUACACUCGACAAAUUAGCUGGUUUUGCUGGACAAAAACCAAUAUUGAUGAAUAUUUAUAAGAAGAUUGAUAAAGUAAGUGAUAUCUUAGCCUAUUUUGCUAACACAGAAUGGACGUUCAUAAACGAUCGACUUGUGGCCUUAUGGGAUACUCUCGAUAGUCGCGAUAAAGAAUUAUUCAAUUUCGACAUUCAUCAAUUAUCGUGGGAUUAUUUUUGUCAGGCACACUGUCUUGGUUUAAGAGUUUACCUUAUAAAAGAUGAUAUACAUACAUUGCCUGCAGCCAGGAAAAGAUGGCAAAAAUUGUAUAUAUUACACAAUAUUCUGUUACUAUUUGUGUACGGAAUCAUGUUGUAUUGUAUUUGGUUAAUGAUGUCUAUGCCACUAAAAUUGAUUGGGCUAAUGUGAAACAAUUUAAGGAAAUUUAAACCAUAAACUUUAUUUAAUGUAUAAUAAAGUAGUUAAAUAAAGGUAUUAAUGUACGUGAUGACUAUUAAAUUCAAGUCAGAGUACUAUAAUAUUUUUUUCUUUAAAUUGAUUCAUUAUUAUUGGUAAAUAAUUGAAAUAGCUUAAACUAUGUAUG